AUGAAUCGCUUUCGAACCAAGAAGAAGGGCAGGGAUGAUACAUCCAUUGGUGGCCGCCCGUCACUAGAUGCUGAGUCUUCUGGUCCCUUUCGCAUGUUCGGCAAAAAGAAAACACCAGACGAACCUAGAAAAGAGAUUGACCUCGCUGCGGCUUUACCACCUAGCGAUGACUUUCGAACCAGUCUCCUAAUGACAGGUCUAUCAGCCCGCUUCUCCAUGCUUCGAGAACAGGACGACCCGAAUAGCAAACUGGGUAAGGCCAGCGACGACAGCGUUCUCUUCCCGAAGCGACAGUCGAGGCUAGCGGACUUUGGUGCUUUUGCAGGUGGACUGGAUGAUAUUGCCGAAAUCGAGUCGCUGAAGGCGCCACCAUUGGGCCGCUUUGACUCGUAUCAUUCUGACGAUGCAUCCUCAACAACAGGGAGCGUAAUGGGUCGUGGUAAGCCCACGGAAGGGAAUAAUCUCUUCGGUGGUAGACAAAAGAUCUACAAGCUUACCGCAGGCUCCAAAGGCGGCAUGACUGGUAGAGCACUUUACGACGACGACGUAGCACAAUCCUCAUUCCAAAAAUGGCGGCAGGCCGAAAAGGAACGAAAGUCAUUGGAAGACAGUGAGAACAUCAACACAUCCGAUGUGGAAGCCACACUGAAUUACAGUCGACGCCGAGAAACGAGCUCCACAACGUCGUCUGUUCCCUCGGGAGCUCGCAACUCUACAGCUGCAACCUCAAUCGCAUCUCAGCCGUCUUCGAUCAAAGAAACUGCAUCUAGCAGCCACUUGCCGGGCCUCGAGCGAAGCGUUACUCGAACCCGCCGGCUCUAUGAGCAAGGGUUAACGCAAGACCUUCAGGAUCAACAAAACUCGGCGGUAUAUCGGAUGGACACCUUGUCACGACAGCGGCCCUUCGGUUCGCGAACUCCAGACUCAGCUUCCCUUGUUACUUCGCCUACGACCACAACCUUCAGCGAGCGUGCUACAGACCGCCGGCCCAUCGUAUCCAAAGCUAGCGCACCUAACCUACGGUCAUUCAGCUCUUCUUUGAUGAGUUGCUCUCCGAUGAGCCCCGUUGACUUGACCCCCAAAUUCCCAAGGCAAGAGUCGAAGCCCAGUUUUGGAGCGAAUCUCCCUCUAAGCCCACCCAUCAGUGAAACUGAGGAGCACCCAACCCUUGCUAUCCAACCCAAUGACCGUGGUAAGGCGACGGCAAUGGGUGUCUUUAGUCGACCAGCAAUGCAGUAUGACGAGUCACGAUACACACAGCGACAACGUCAGCUCCAGCAAGGACGAGACACGUCUGCUUCUUUGUACACGGAGUCGGUAGGCUCUCCUGUCAAAGGCAGGUCUCGCUCAUCAUCGGCCCAGCGACCGGCAGUAGAGAAGUCCACAACGGUUGCUCAUUCUGAAAUUUCUCAACCCAACGAGAAUUACAGCAGCACAUUUGAUGAAAGUGACGACGGAUCAUUGGACAAUCGAACUUCUGCUGCCCCUCGAUUGAGACUUGAUCGCCCAAGCGAUCACGACCACCCGGCUUUCCGUAAAUCUGCUCUCCCUACCCCUCUAUCGUUGACAUCGCCCAAGGAUUCCGAGGACGGGAGGUCUCCCUCACCGGCACCAAAGACCGAAAAGACAGAAGAUUCUCCCACAUUGGGCCCCACGACAGGUCUAAGCGGUAUGGUUCGACAACACCUUCGACAAAAUAGCACCGCCUCGUCUGUAUAUGCCCUGAUGGGUCACGAACUAGAACCGAGCGUAACGGAGGCCAAUUCCGUCUUCGUAAGAAAUGAUGAUGGUGUUUGCGACGACGGAACCACAGCGGAGCAGGAUGAAUUUGCUCAAAACUUGGCCGAGCGUGCGCGACGGGUCCGUGAACGACUAACGACAUACGUCGAAUCAGAUAAUGAGCGUUCUGCGCCGCCCACCCCACCUCUAUCAGAACACAAUAAGGAACUAGGACCGCCCAGGUCGGGUAGUCUUGGUAUGUUGAGGUCAAAAUCAAGCCGGGGAUCCCUUCUCGACAAGGCCGACAAGGAGCGUGGCCGCAGCAAGACGCUCAAGUCUUCCAGCUCCCAACCCAGCCCAAUCGCCACGUCACCUUCUCCAAGGAAGGCUUCGAGCAGCCAAGCAGAAACGCGAGGUGGUGAAAUUCCUGCCCAGUCAAACCAAUCAACGCCUCCCGAAAAGGAGACAAAUGUACACGUAGGCCUGAAAGCCUUCCGCCAAGCUCGCCGAGAACUACAGAAAAUGAAAGAACUCGAGACACAACAGCGGCAUUCGCAGAAGCCCAAUCAUAACCCGGAGCGUCCUACGAACGGCAUGGUCACCCCUUACGAGGGUGGUCCACCAUCGGCCAUUGUCAACCGCAUGCCCCGAGACGCCGAGAGCUAUGCGAGUUUUUCUCGGGCGGGUUCUCGGGCGGCCUCUGAGCGAGACCGAAGUAGUUCGGAAACCAGCCAAAGUGGACUUGCGUAUAGUCGGGGUGAUGGGCUUCGCAAUGGCUCUGCAACUUACGAGGAUCACUACGGCCGGCGAGGACCCAGUAGCCCGCCGGGCCCGGGUAUCGGGAGCCAGGCAAUGGAGUCAUCUGCGUAG